AUGUUAAAGGUUGCCAGACCCCAGAUCCGAUUUAAUUCAACCACAGCCGCAGCUGCAGCCGCAAAGACCGCUCAAGUGCGUACUCGUACUGUUAAAACCCCCGUUGGCAUUAAAGCUGCAAUUGAGUCAUUAAAACCAAAAGCCACGAGAUUGUCAAUGGAUGGUCCAGUUGAAUGUGCAAUUUCAGGGUUUUCCUUGUUGAAUUCACCUCAAUUCAAUAAAGGAUCAGCAUUUUCCAAAGAAGAAAGAGAAAGUUUUAAUUUGACUGGACUCUUACCUUCACAAGUCAACUCCUUAGAUGAACAAGUGGAAAGAGCAUAUCGACAAUUUUCCUAUUUGAAAACUCCUUUAGCCAAGAAUGAUUUUUGUACAUCCAUGAGAUUACAGAAUAAAGUGUUGUAUUAUGAGUUGGUGAGACGUCAUAUUAGAGAAAUGUUGCCAAUUAUUUAUACUCCUACUGAAGGUGAUGCAAUUGCUAGUUAUUCCGAUAGAUUCAGAAAACCAGAAGGUUGUUUCUUGGAUAUUAAUGAUCCCGACGGUAUUGAUAAACGUUUAUCUGCUUACGGUGAAGAUAAGGAUAUUGAUUAUAUUGUUGUUUCCGAUGGUGAAGGGAUCUUGGGUAUUGGAGAUCAAGGUGUAGGUGCCAUCAGAAUUGCUAUAGCCAAAUUGGGUCUUAUGACAUUGUGUGGUGGUAUUCAUCCUGCAAGAGUUUUGCCAAUUGCUUUAGAUGUUGGUACAAACAAUGAUAGAUUAAUAAAUGAUGAAUUAUACAUGGGUAAUAAAUUCCCAAGAGUUAGAGAUGAAAAGUAUUGGGAUUUUGUUGAUAAAGUGAUUCAAGCAAUUAAGAAGAGAUUUCCUAGUUCAGUUUUGCAUUAUGAAGAUUUUGGCGUGUCGACUGGUAGAGAUUUGUUGUACAAGUACAGAGAAGAAUUGCCUUCAUUUAACGAUGAUAUUCAAGGAACUGGUGCUGUGGUAAUGGCAUCAAUUACUGCUGCAUUGAAGUAUUCCAACCGUGACUUGAAAGAUAUUCAAGUCUUGGUCUAUGGUGCUGGAUCUGCUGGUUUAGGUAUUGCUGACCAAAUCACCAAUCAUUUGGUAUCACACGGUGCCACUGAAGAGCAAGCAAGAGGAAGAAUUCAUUGUAUGGAUCGUUAUGGCUUGAUAACUGAUGAGUCCACUAAUGCAAGUCCGGCACAGCUUAAAUAUGCUGAUCCUUCUUCAGAAUGGGAUGGUGUUGAUACUAAAAGUUUAUUGGCAUGUGUGAAUAAGAUUAAACCAACAGUUUUAGUUGGAUGUUCUACCCAAGCAGGUGCUUUUACUGAAGAAAUCGUCAAGGAAAUGUAUAAACACAAUCCACAACCAAUUAUUUUCCCAUUAUCCAACCCAACCAGAUUACACGAAGCAAUUCCCUCUGAUUUAAUGAAAUGGACAGAUAACAAUGCAUUGAUUGCAACUGGAUCUCCAUUUGAACCUGUGGAUGGAUAUUAUAUAUCGGAAAACAAUAACUGUUUCACAUUUCCAGGUAUUGGAUUGGGUGCUGUAUUAUCCAGAUGUACUACAAUUUCCGAUACUAUGAUUUCAGCAGCAGUUGACCGAUUGGCUUCCAUGUCUCCGAAAAUGGAAAACCCUAAAAAUGGAUUGUUGCCUAGAUUAGAAGAAAUUGAUGAAGUUAGUGCUCAUGUUGCCACUGCAGUUAUUUUACAAUCCUUGAAAGAAGGUACUGCUAGGGUGGAGAGUGAAGAAAAACCAGAUGGUGGAUUUGUUGAAGUGCCCAGAGAUUAUGAAGGUUGUCUUAAAUGGGUACAAUCACAAAUGUGGAAACCAGUGUAUAGACCAUACGUUAAGGUGGAAUACGUUUCUGAAAUUCACACUUAUCAAUAUUAG